AUGUCUUCAUCAGUGCAACUCUUCAGAGAUCAGAAGUACCACGAGCUGAAAGGGCAGUGUAUCCAGCGGAGACAACUCUUUGAAGAUCCUGAGUUUCCAGCCUCAGAUGAGUCCCUUUUCUAUCAGUCAGCACCGCCAAGGAAAGUUGAAUGGAAGCGCCCAAAGGAGCUCUGUGAAGACCCCCACCUGUUUGUGAAUGGAAUCAGCUCCCACGACUUGCACCAAGGCACCCUGGGGAACUGCUGGUUUGUGGCUGCGUGCUCCUGCUUGGCGCUGAGGGACACCCUCUGGCAGCAGGUGAUUCCAGACUUUAACGAACAAGAAUGGGACCCUAAAAACCCAGAGAAAUAUGCUGGGAUUUUCCGUUUCCGUUUCUGGUGCUUUGGAGAAUGGACAGAGGUGGUUAUUGAUGAUCUGCUGCCAACAAUGGAUGGGAAGUUGAUCUACUGCCAUUCCAAUGUGAAAAAUGAAUUCUGGAGCGCAUUACUGGAGAAAGCUUAUGCAAAGCUGGCUGGAUCUUACGAGGCCCUAGAUGGAGGCAGCGCUGCAGAUGCAAUUGUGGAUUUCACUGGAGCAGUGGCAGAAUCUAUUGAUUUGGUACAGGGCAAGUACGGUGAGAUUAUUUCUGAGCAGAUGAAGCUAUUCGAAGACUUGCUGAAAGUGCAUAAAAGAGGUGGAUUGAUCAGCUGCUCCAUUACGGCUUCCUCUGGCAGAGCCAACGAAGUGGAGACAGAGACAGGUCUCAUCAUCGGUCAUGCCUACUCAGUGACUGCAAUUCGGAAGCUGCGCCUUGGAGAAAGGCUCAUAUUCUCUUUUAAGGCAGAAAAGCUGUUUAUGAUCAGGCUGAGGAAUCCCUGGGGAAAAAGAGAGUGGAACGGUGCCUGGAGCGACAAUUCUGAGGAGUGGAAGAAAGUCAGCAAUUCGGAACGUAAGAGCUUGGGACUCACUCUUGAGAAUGAUGGAGAGUUCUGGAUGACGUUUGAGGACUGGUGUAAGAAUUUCACUGAUGUGGACAUCUGCCGGAUUGUGAACACCUCCUACUUCAGUAUCCACAAGACCUGGGAGAAGAAAAUGAUGCAUGGGGCUUGGGCAAAGAAUUCAGAGCCCCUGCUAAAUCGCUCCGGGGGAUGCUUUGAUAACAGAGAGACCUUCCUUCAGAAUCCCCAGUACGUCUUUGAUGUUAAGAAGACUGAGGACAAAGUGUUGGUCUCAUUACAACAGGAGGAUCGUCGCAAAUACAAGAAAGAAGGGAAAGGAGACAGCAUCCCAAUUGGCUUUGAAAUAUUCAAGGUGGAGGAUAACAGAAGCUAUCGACUGCACAAGCUGACUGUGCAGGAGAGAGUGGCCACAUCUCUGUACAUCAACACACGCACCGUGUUCUUGAAGAGGAUCCUUAAGCAAGGCCGCUACGUCCUUAUCCCAACCACAUAUCAUCCUGGCAUCAGUACAAGGUUUAUCCUGAGACUCUUCACAGAUGUGCCAUCAAAACUCAGAGAGCUGAAGGCAGAUAAGCCUAAAAUGACAUGUUGGAGUCUUCUUUGUGGCUAUCCGCGCAGAGUCACCCAAAUCAAAAUUCACUCGGCAGAGGGUUUACAGAAGCAGGACAGAUCAGGUGGAGCAGAUCCCUACGUGCUUAUCAGGUGUGAGAACCAAACCGUGCGCUCUCCUGUGCAACACGAUACAACCAGUCCCAUCUUUGACACACAAGUGAUUUUCUACAGAAAGAACAUCGACAGCCCUAUCAUCGUCCAGGUCUGGAACAGCAACGUCUUGUGUGACCAGUUCCUCGGACAGGCGGUGCUUGGAGCUUCACCCACUGACCCCAGAGAACAGCAGACUCUGCAGCUCCGAGGGAGAGGCAGCCGAGAAGCAGCGGAGGUGCCAGGUCACAUCACCAUCAAGGUUUUUUCCAGCGAUGACCUCGUGGAGCUAUGA